UCUCUUGAGAAGUCCUUUCUGUCUGCUUCCUUCCCUCUCUCUUGUUUUAAAUACACCACAUUAGUCUAGACUCUCUACCAUUUUCUCAAGCGGUACUACUUCUUUCUCAAUCACUAUUCAGUAUUCACGGCUACCUUUAGUUUUUUGACGCAAAACAAAACAUGUCUUCUCAAUCCACUAUUCUCUUCCGCGCUCUCUCUCCAAAGGGUCCCCUACCUUCUCCUUCCUCUUCGACACCCAAAUAUGCUGCUGGUACUGGAUGGUGGGUGGCUAAAGACAAAAGGGCUCACUUCAAUUUAAGGAGAGAGUGCAAGGCCUUACCAAAACCCCAAACUCAAGAAUACGUGGACGUAUUUCAAAGUGGUCUGCCAGUGAUAAAGUGGCAUGAGAUUGUGGAAGAUGAUAUAGAAGAGGAAGCUCUCCAGGUUUAUAGGUCAAAUGAGAUUAAGGAACGUGUGGAUUCCAUAAAAUCGAUACUGGGUUCAAUGGAAGAUGGAGAGAUCAGCAUAUCGGCUUAUGACACAGCCUGGGUGGCUCUCGCGCAGGACCUCAAUGGAGGAGGGACUCCGCAAUUCCCAUCAAGCCUAGAGUGGAUCGCCAACAAUCAGCUCAUGGACGGGUCAUGGGGAGACGACUGCUUAUUCUAUGCUCACGACCGGAUAAUCAACACAUUGGCGUGUGUGAUCGCAUUGAAAUCGUGGAAAAUUCAUCCGAACAAGUGCGAGAAAGGGGUGUCAUUCAUCAAAGAAAACAUAAGCAAGCUUGAAAAGGAGAAGGCUGAGCACAUGCCUAUAGGAUUCGAAGUAGCUUUCCCUUCUCUCCUCGAGAUAGCUCGGAACUUGGGCAUCGAAGUACCCAAUGAUUCGCCCUUCUUGAAGGAGAUCUACGCCCAGAGAAAUCUGAAGCUCACAAAGAUACCAUAUGACAUAAUGCACAUAGUGCCCACAACACUACUCCACAGCUUGGAAGGAAUGGCAGGUCUAGACUGGGAAAAGCUUCUAAAACUACAGUGUCAAGAUGGGUCAUUUUUGUUUUCUCCAUCGUCCACUGCCUAUGCCCUCAUGCAGACCCAAGAUGAGAAUUGCUUUAGAUACCUAAACAAAGUGGUUGAGAGAUUCAGUGGAGGAGUCCCCAAUGUUUACCCUGUCGACUUGUUUGAGCACAUAUGGGCUGUGGAUCGGCUGCAGCGCCUUGGGAUAUCGCGGUAUUUUGAGCCUGAGAUUAAAGAAUGCAUCAAUUAUGUUGCCAGAUAUUGGAAAGAAAAUGGAAUCUGCUGGGCUAAAAACUCCGAAGUUCACGAUAUUGAUGACACUGCUAUGGGGUUUAGGCUCCUUAGGUUACAUGGCCAUGAUGUUUCUGCUGAUGUGUUCAAGUAUUUUGAGAAAGGUGGUGAGUUCUUCUGCUUUGCUGGGCAGUCAUCCCAGGCUGUGUCCGGGAUGUUCAACCUCUACAGAGCUUCCCAGGUGCUGUUCCCUGGAGAAACCAUUCUUGAGAAUGCCAAGAAGUUCUCUUCCAAGUUUCUAAGGGAAAAACAAGCUUGUGACCAGCUCCUGGAUAAGUGGAUCAUAAUGAAGGAUUUGCCUGGUGAGAUAGGGUAUGCGCUGGAUGUUCCAUGGUAUGCAAGCUUGCCUCGUGUGGAGACCAGAAUUUAUAUUGAACAGUACGGUGGAAAAGAUGAUGUAUGGAUUGGCAAGACCCUUUACAGGAUGCCUUAUGUAAACAAUAAUGAUUAUCUUGAGCUUGCAAAACUGGACUUCAAUAACUGCCAAGCCCUGCAUCAGCUUGAAUGGGACAGCAUUCAACAGUGGUACACACAAUGCCAUCUUGGGGAGUUUGGGGUUAGCAGAAAAGCCUCUCUCUUGGCUUAUUUUCUAGCAGCAGCCUGCAUAUUUGAGCCUGAAAGGUCAAUUGAGAGGCUUGCUUGGGCGAAAACAGCCAUCUUGGUCUUGGCGGUCCGGUCGUAUUUCAGCAAGGAAACAUGUAUUAAGCAGAGGAGAGCCUUCCUUCUUAAAUUUGGAUACAGCCCAAGUGGAGGAGACUACAUGAAGAAGAUCAAUGGAAGGUAA